CUUGGAGGAGUCACUAAAACCGUGCAGAAAAUGAUUUCACACCCCAACAAUACAUUGUCACAACUGGCCCUAGAAGCUGCCCUGACCUUAUCGGUUUAAGGACAAUGGUUUUUGCUCUGAGCUAAAUGUUAGACGUUUGUACUCUACCGCGCAUCUCAUAGUGCCGCGCUGCGCCGCAUAGUGAUGGGUGGACCGAAGGCAGCGCUCCCCGAGACUCAUCCCUAAAAAAAGCUCAAUGCCUCUUCCUCGGAGCCGCGGACAGCAGGCGAGACCCGUGGACCGCUUCGUUAACUGUCCAGACACGGAUUGAUUGAUCAGAUGUCUUGUUCACGACCGAAACUUCAACUAUGCAUUCACUGGAAACGCAAAUGUCUCCCAGUUUGAGGAGUGCGCGGAGAGAUUUCACCAAACUGCAUGCCUGCGGCGCGGCGGCUGGAGACGGGCGCUCACCGGGAUGGAUAAGAGUGCGAGAAGCAGGGUGGUUUCGGAGAACCAGGAGAAGAGAUGGAGCAGAAGGGAUGUCUGCAAACUGUCUGUUAUACAUAGGAAUGGUCUUACUUCUGUUGCAGUGUGCGCAGGCCACAGAGGAUGAGACAAACUACGACGCCUCUGGUUCUUCUGAUGUAACCAAUGACACAACAGCCUCCGCCCAUCCCAUUCAUCCAUUGGCCGGCUUACUGUUGGUGGAUGAGGAGCCUUUAUCAGUCGUCCAACCAGAUGGCAGGGCUGUGUCAGAGGGGGUGGGCCUGAGAGAGCAGCCUGCCUUCUCCUCCAUACUGACCCUGCUGGCGGACAAACACCCACUGAGCUUGGUCCGAUCCAAGACCUCGCCAACCAUCACCAAGGACAACAACCAAACCAGCCUGUGGCCUUCGGUUGCUCCCUUCUCUUCUUCUUCUUCUUCUGUGGAGCCGAGCAGAGACCUGUCUGACAGCUCAGAGACAGCGAUGGAGGAGUUAACUGUGGGAACAUCCAGAGAGACAGGGGUUCAUUUCCCCAAAGACAACGAGACCAGAUUAUCCCAAACAGGGAACCUCACCUUAGGCGACAUGCCUGCACUCACAACAUCACAGGUGUCACCUUUGACCCCUCGAGAGGACACAACGACUGCAUCCCUCCAGCUCACGACCGUGACCACCACAACCAUAGCUUCAAUCACAACACAGCCAAUCACAGAGAACCCAACCACGACAACAACACGCAGAAUCACCACUGCUCCAGCCUCCAGGAGAACACUGUCACCUCCAAUCCCAAAGACCAAACCCAGAGGGACGACCACCCCGUUCCCCUUCACCACCACCACGGAGGCUCCACCCCGGCAGUGCAACGUCACAGAGAAGAUCUGGGUUAAAACAAUUCUGACCAUCCAUGUGAGAAGGAACCGCCUGGACAGCAUCCAGAGACAGAACCUGCGUAGAGGGCUAACCCAGGCUCUGAGUAGAGCUCUGAAUGACACCACUGCCCAGGCUCAGGUGGAGACUGUGUUUGGCUCUCCCAACGUGACGGUGGGCUACCACGUAAUUGGAGCAGACAUGGUGUACCCGCCCUCUGUGGUGGUCGAGGCACUUCACUCCUACGGCCGGGAUAGGCUGAUGGGUGACGUGCGACAGUUUGUCCCCAUGGUAACGGCGCUGCCCAACACAGCCGCACCAUGGAAACCCAGCCCAGCUAUCAGCCUCCAGCUCAAAACAGUUUUGCGCUUUGUAGGUCCAGGAGAUGACCCGCGUUCCUGUCGGUUCUCGCAGAUGAUGGAACAGAGGCUGGAGAACGUGUUCUCUGAGGCCCAGGCCAAAGUCCUGGACGUCCACACCAGACUCUAUGUCCAGAUGCUGAGUGUUUCUCAGUCAGUGGGUUCUCCUGCUGUGUCUCUGGUCUACAUGGUGAGGAACGGGACCGCCCCUCUCAACGGCACCGCCGCCUCUAACCUCCUGGGUCAGCUGACCGCCGAGAUGGUCGGCUACUUCCUGUUCUACCCACCGCUGGUCAUUGCUGAACCAUUGGAAUACCACAACCUCAAUACCUCCAUCGCUACCAGAGACUUCUGGGUAAUCACAGUCAUCCUGGAUGUGGAUAACUCAUCUCUGGAGAGCCAGUACCAGAGCUUUGCCAGUCUCAUGGAGCAGCGCCUGGCUGAGCUGUUUGUGGUUGCUCGCCAGCAGGGCACUCGCUUCAGGAGAGCCACCACUGUGGACAGCUACACUGUCCAGAUGGUGAGUAUCCGUCGAGUGAUGGGUCAGAAGAACCCAGCAGAGAUGACCUACUACGUUCAGCUCAACGGUCUUCCCUUACCGGGCACGUCAGCCGCCAAGGUCCUGAACACGCUGGACUCUCAGACCAUGGCCCUCACACUGGGUUACUUCGUUCAGCUGCAGGCUGAACCUGUGGUGAAGAAUCCUCCAAACAAUCUGUGGAUCAUCGCAGCGGUGCUGGCCCCUAUCGCCGUGGUAACGCUCAUCAUCAUCAUCAUCACCGCCGUGCUCUGCCGGAAGAACAAGAGCGACUUCAAAGCCGACGCCAUGGGCAACCUUAACCCCCGUGUCAAGACGUCAUAUCGGAGGGAUGUUACAGGAUAUUACCACCAGCCUGUCCAGGGGUUUGACUAUGCCAAGCAGCACCUGGGCCGCGUGCAGGGUGGGGAGGGAGAGACCCUCCCCGUGACCCAGGACACCCUGGUGCUGCCCCUGCCCAUCCGGGAAGCCCCCCUCUCCCUCUCCCUGGAGAAGGCCCUGCACCAGGACGGCACCGCCAACAAGAAGACCCUCAACUCGGACAUACGCAAGAGGUACUAA